AGUGUGGUACAGGGCUCUUUGCAGCAAGCUGCUGUCGGGAAGGCAGAGCUUUGGUGCUGCUCCCUCCUGCACAGCCUGUGCUUGGGUAACUGUUUAAUAUCAUCCUUGCUCUCACCACACCAGGAGUCUGCCCCAGCAAUUCUGGCAUCUCAUUUGCUCUUGAUUAAGCAGCCCUUCAUUAUCUAAUAUUGGAUACACACUGUGGCUGUAUUUUUAAUAUUAUUUCCUUUGCAGAUGAGUCCUUUGGGCUGCAUUCAUCCCCCGUGCAAGAUCGGCAUGGACUGUACUUCUGAAUUUACUGCGGCCAAGCUCUGCUCUGCGUGGGUAUCACUUUGCUAGGAGUUUGGCCUGGGGACUUUCUCCAUCAGUUGUGCUGAUCUCACAGCCAUGCUUGCUUGCAGUGGUUUACUGUGGGGCAUAGGACACCUGGUGAUUUUUUCAGCUGCCUUGGGAUCUGAACUCCUGGUAAACACGUUGGCCUGUUAAAGGACAUGAUUCAGACUGUCCCAGAUCCAGCAGCUCACAUCAAGGAAGCGUUAUCAGUGGUUAGCGAAGACCAGUCGUUGUUUGAGUGUGCGUACGGAUCACCCCACCUUCCAAAGACAGAGAUGACAGCCUCCUCCUCCAGUGAAUAUGGGCAGACGUCAAAGAUGAGUCCACGUGUGCCCCAGCAAGACUGGUUAUCGCAGCCUCCAGCCAGAGUCACCAUCAAGAUGGAGUGUAACCCAAACCAGGUUAAUGGGUCAAGGAAUUCUCCAGAUGACUGCAGCGUGGCAAAAGGAGGGAAAAUGGUUAGCAGCUCAGACAAUGUUGGGAUGAACUAUGGAAACUACAUGGAAGAGAAGCACGUUCCACCCCCAAAUAUGACUACAAAUGAACGAAGAGUCAUUGUACCAGCAGAUCCUACGUUAUGGAGCACAGACCACGUACGCCAAUGGCUGGAGUGGGCAGUGAAGGAGUACGGUCUCCCGGAUGUGGACAUCUUGUUGUUCCAGAACAUCGACGGGAAGGAGCUGUGCAAAAUGACUAAAGAUGACUUCCAGAGGCUCACUCCAAGCUAUAAUGCAGAUAUCCUCCUGUCACACCUACACUACCUCAGAGAGACUCCUCUUCCACAUUUGACUUCAGAUGAUGUUGAUAAGGCCUUACAAAACUCUCCACGGUUAAUGCAUGCUAGAAACACAGGAGGUGCCACUUUUAUUUUUCCCAAUACAUCUGUUUAUCCAGAAGCAACACAAAGAAUUACAUCAAGGCCAGAUUUGCCAUAUGAGCAAGCCAGACGAUCAGCAUGGACGAGUCACACUCACCCCAGCCCUCAGUCAAAAGCUACUCAGCCAUCAUCUUCAACAGUUCCCAAAACAGAAGACCAACGCCCUCAGUUAGACCCAUAUCAGAUUCUUGGACCAACGAGCAGCCGACUUGCAAAUCCAGGGAGCGGUCAGAUACAGCUGUGGCAGUUCCUGCUGGAGCUCCUCUCGGACAGCUCGAACUCCAACUGCAUCACCUGGGAGGGCACCAAUGGUGAAUUCAAGAUGACUGACCCUGACGAAGUGGCUCGGCGCUGGGGGGAGCGGAAAAGCAAGCCUAAUAUGAACUAUGACAAACUCAGCCGUGCGCUUCGCUACUACUAUGAUAAAAAUAUUAUGACUAAGGUUCACGGCAAGCGCUACGCCUACAAAUUCGACUUCCACGGAAUCGCUCAGGCUCUCCAGCCUCACCCCCCGGAGUCAUCCAUGUACAAAUACCCGUCAGACCUCCCCUACAUGAGCUCCUACCAUGCGCACCCUCAGAAGAUGAACUUUGUAGCUCCUCACCCCCCUGCUUUGCCCGUAACAUCGUCCAGCUUUUUCGCUGCCCCUAAUCCAUACUGGAAUUCACCAACUGGAGGUAUCUACCCCAACACCAGGCUGCCAGCUGCUCAUAUGCCUUCUCAUCUUGGAACCUACUACUAAGUGGGGAAAAAAAGAAACACCACAGAAAAGCAAAGACAUUUCUUGCUGGGAUAUCAGUCCCUGAUGAAUUGCAAUGAACUCUAUUGGAGUACAUGAAUUAAAAGUGCCUAAAGAGACAAGCGAAGGUUUGGCUGGGAAAAAAAAGCACAAAACAAACCCAAAAAACAUACACAUAAAAAAAAGGAUGUCAAAAAGACUCUUUGAAGUAGAGAUUUAAAGGAGAUACUCAAGAGGUGUUAAGUUACUGAAAUGUAAUGUAUAUGGGCAUCGACUCUCUGGACCAAAGAACAAUAGACUAUUGUAGGUAAAAGCAUGAAAUGAUAAGGAAAACCUAUGAAAGCUAGUGGUCUUUAAAAGUUGAUAAGCUUAUGUGUAAAGUUUGAUAUCUUGCUAGUGCAAAACCGGGACUAUGCAACAGCAAUAUAAGUCUACAGUGACCUAACAUACAGUAUAUGAAUCAUUACAAAAGAAGGGGGGAAAGGGGAGGAAAAAGAAAAAACUGUGUUUAAAAAACAGAAGCAUAUCAACCAAAGAGACUGGUUUAGUAUGGAAGCUGAUUUGGAACGGAACAGCAUUGUUGUAGUUAAAAUCAAAGGCGUUCCAUUCAUCAGAGAGUUAUCAGCUACUCAAACUGUGAAGAGGACCUAGACUUUCAGAUUCCUUGACAGUAUUAAAGGAACCCUGAGCCAAACAUUGGAAAUCGGAAUGUGCUGAAGGGCAAGUGUAUGAUUGUAGAGCAGAGACCUGCACCUGACAGAGGAAGCAGAAAGGAGAAGGAGGAGGAUGAAGGAGAUGAGAAUGGGAAAAAAAAAAAGAGACUUCUUUACCAGUAGAGACUGAAAAGACUGAACACUCAACAGUGUUGGGAAGAAACACUUGUUUGGACAUGUGAAAUGUAUUGCUCAGUAUCAUACCAUUCCCAGUAUUACAGGAGGAAAAGACUUGUUUGUAUAGUAGUGAAAAGAAGUCAAAAAGGGAAAAGCUGAAGAAUUCAGAAAUCAGAAUAUGCAUCUCUUUAGUUAAAAAAAAAGGAAAAAAAAAAAAACCUAAGCAGUAAAACUGGAAUUGUGUUUGAUAUUUAAAAGUUACCAAUUAGAACCUCAUCAUUGUCAAGGGAGUUUGUUUUCUAUUGGUUAAAGCAAGAGGCAAGCCCUGACUGCCAAAAUCAGAAAUGAUCUAAGUGUUUUUGUUAGGUGGGCGCCAGUUUUUCUUUAUGGAGUCGCGAACGCUGUGCGUUUGUCAGAAUUAAGUAUGCAAGUCAAUGUUAUUUUGUUUUCCUUUUUAUAUAAUUAUUAUAUAACUUAUGCAUUUAUACACUACGAGUUGAUCUCGGCCAACCAAAGACACAGGAAAAAAAAAAAAAAGGGACAAUCAAAAUAUUGUGGCCUUGAAUUUUAACUCUGUAUGCUUAAUGUUUACAUUAUGAACAUAUUAGUACUUAGAAUGCAGAAUGUAUGUAAUAAAAUAAGCUUGGCCUAGCAUGGCAGUUCAGAUUGACACUCUAGUUUGCAUUGGCAUUUGCAUUUUUAGUCCCUGACACGCCUAUCGGUUCUCCUACUCACUGUGUUAACACAUGCUGGGCGUUUUGGUUUAGACCUUUGGUUCGUGAAAUCUGGCUAUCGUGGCAGUGUAGGACCAAAGGAAAAUGUUUAGCCUAAGUUCAAAGUGGACAGGUGCUGCAUAUCUUCUCCUCCAGACACGUCUGCUGAAACGCUUGCAGCCCUUCUUGAACAGUGCCUUGCCAUUCCUGUCCUGAGCUUCUUUUGCCCAGAGAUUGCAACAUGCCCAGUUCAGCCAAGACUGAAAAUUAAUCCUAAAUGAGGCCUCUGAGGGAAGAAUACUGAUACCCUGAAAUUACCUUUUGCUACCAUCAGAUCAUGCAGCGUAAUCUCAUCUUGAGAUGUAUUUUCAUACUGAAUCAUAUGUUAAAUGACCAUGCCCCCUUGCUAUUAAUAUAUACUGUAUUAUUAUUAGUAAAUAAAGUGAAUAAUGAAUAACUUCCAUUAUUCCUCACUUCAAAA